GGCGGGGCGGCGGGCGGGUCACAGGCCUCGGGUCGUCGAGUUAGGCGCGGUGACCGCGCUCAGCCGGGAGGCAGUGAGCGGCCAGCGAGGAGGCGCCAUGGGGCAGAUCGAGUGGGCCAUGUGGGCGAACGAGCAGGCGCUGGCGUCCGGCCUGAUUCUCAUCACCGGGGGCAUCGUGGCCACCGCGGGACGCUUCACCCAGUGGUACUUUGGCGCCUACUCCAUUGUGGCAGGGGUGUUCGUCUGCCUCCUGGAGUACCCCCGGGGCAGGAGGAGGAAGGGCGCCACCAUGGAGCGCUGUGGGCAGAAGUGCAUGACCACCGUGGUGAAGCUCUUCGGGCCCCUCACCAGGAAUUACUACGUCCGGGCCGUCUUGCACCUCCUGCUGUCCGUGCCUGCAGGCUUCCUGCUGGCCACCAUCCUCGGCACUGUCUGCCUGGCCAUCGCCAGUGUCAUCUACCUGCUGGCGGCCGUCCGCGGAGAGCAGUGGAUGCCCAUUGAGCCCAAGCCCCAGGAGCGGCCGCAGGUUGGAGGCACCAUCAAGCAGCCACCCAGCAAUCCCCCGCCCCGACCCCCAGCUGAGGCCCGCAAGAAGCCCAGCGAGGAGGAGGCGGCGGCAGCGGCCCCAGCGGUGGGGGGGGGGUGCCCAGGUCAACCCCAUCCCGGUGACUGACGAGGUCGUGUGAGGUCGCCUGCACUCCCCAGCGUGGCCGCCAGGGGGCGGCAGCGCCCCCAAUAAACGCAGUGACUGCCUGG